AUGCUGCCGUUCCUAAGAACUGACGAUCUUGGCUACCGUUACUGCUAUUGGCCUCCGAAAAGCCCCCACCCGCAAAUGGCACCGGAACACUCCCGGCUGGAUGAACAGACCACUACUCUUCACAUCCCCAAGUUGGAACUUGCAACUUGGAGAUUGUGCCUUCCCAGGACCUGCUCCACAGCACCGGGUGCCCCCCGUCUUCACAAAAUGCCCCCGAAAGCAUCGGGUGACCCAAAGCGACGGAAUGGCGCACGCCGCAAGGUUGCUCUGGCAUGCGACUCGUGUAGAGAAAAGAAGGUUCGCUGCGACGGGAACAAGCCCAUCUGUGGGCCAUGCAAGAGGCGAUGUUAUCGGAUUGACCAGUGUCUCUACAACCCGGAUAACACCCGGACGGCCAGCCGAGACGAGUACUUCCAGACCCUUCAUCUCCGAAUUAGAGAACUCGAAAAUGUCUGUUUGACGGCUGGGUUAUCAAUCGACAGUUCACUGGGCCUUCGGGCCCAACUGGAACCUCAUAGCGAGCUCAACAGAGGCGAUGAAAUACGAGUGGAGACGAGCAGCAUUCCCAUGGCUGUCGCCACCUCAUUUAGGGAACCUGAUGAGCGGGUCCCUACCGCUACAGGUUUCGGGGUUGGCAUACCUCCGGAGCAACCGGUGCUAGCUGAACGCAGUGAAAGCGAAAACAGCCGGUCCAGACUGGUAGUGGAACAGAAUACAGAGUGCUCACCAAAUAUAGGAUCCUAUGAGUCGCCGUUGUUCGACGAUGGGGAAGCCCACGUCACGGGCAUGGGGCAGAUAACAGCUCCGGAUGCUGAAAGCAGGAGGCAGUCCUCCCGAUUCCAAUUUUAUGGUAGUUCAUCCACUGCUUCGCUCAUGAGGUUUGCCUGGCAGUCAAUGCCUUCACGGCCAGCAAAUGCUUCUAGUGCCGAACUUGUAUCUAGCACAUUGCAGGAUACUUUUACCGAGUAUCGGUUCGACGAUUUUGCCCUCCCACCGCGCACGCUGGCAGACCACCUCGUCCGAUGUUUUUUCGAUCAUGUAUAUACACUAUAUCCGUUCUUUCACCGCCCCGCGUUUGAAGCAGCCUAUCGAAAUCUCUGGCGUGCUGAAGAUGAGGCUAAGAUACCUCUCACAGACUUGAGAAUUGGACUGGGUUCCGGCGCGGAGUCCGGCCCUAGAUCAAUAGUCUUUCAUGCUGCCUUGAAUUCUAUUUUUGCUCUAGGCUGUCAAUUUUCAGACAUUGAAGACGUCGAGUCUGUUGCGAAUUGCUUUUUUCUCAGGUCCAAACGCUUCAUCGGACUUGACUUUCUUGAUAUCAAUACCCUUGGGACCAGCAGAUGCUGGCAUUCGGUUGGUGUUGCCUGCCGGGUUGCUCUAGGAUUGGGACUCCAUGAGUCGGAUAUUCUCGCUAGCUUAUCGCCCUUGGAAUCCGAUAUUCGACGCAGAACGUGGCACGGCUGUGUGAUGAUGGAUGUCACUCUUAGCAUGACGCAUGGCCGACCUACCAUGACCACCCAUCUAGCUCCUCUCCCUCCACCAGAAGAUUCGGAGUUGUCUCGACAAGAUCCGCCGGGAGAGCCGUCACUGCUGUCAUAUUAUAUUGAGGUCAUCAAGCUCUACAACAUCCUAGACAGGAUCCUAUCCGAUGUAUAUUACGCUUGGUGUGGUCGGACACGCCAGGGUCGACCACAGGUGUCGACGAAGAGCCUGGGAGGCUUGGACACAAUUCUUGAAAUCGAAAAAGAAUUGACUUCGUUCGAGGCUAAUUUGCCUUCAUGCCUUAAGUGGGAUCCGGACACGCCGGAACUAAAUUCAGACGGAAACCUGAACCAGGCAAUCGCCCAGCAAAGAAAUGUUCUUCACGCGAGAUACUUGCAUCUCCACCUCCUGCUCCAUCGUCCGAUGUUUACUCGGCUCUACUCAGAACGAGUACGCAAGCGAGAAUCUGCAGGUGUGAAUGGCUUCAGGGCAGAUUCGGCUCACAGUUCCACAACCCGGAGCCCGUUAUACUUCUCUACAGCUAAUAAAUCUGCUAUCGCUUGCGUAAUGGCAGCUAUUGACUUAACGCACGUAGUCCAUGAGACGUACCAUACAAACGCCACCGGUGCAUGGUGGUACAAUGGAUUCUAUGUGUCAACAGCUGCCAUAGUUCUCCUCAUGUCCUUCUCCUCCCCUUCAGUGCUAGACCCGUCUACUAUGGAUAAAGCCAGGGUUGCGUGGAGAGAAGCUACGGGGGUUCUGGAGUCGAUGGCCACAGUUAGACGCUCAGCGAACAACACGCUUCAGUUCCUCAAAGCUUUGUAUCGGCAAGCAGUUCCUGCAGAUGUGCAACAAACAGGAAGUCACACUGCUGGUACUGCUUCGCUACAUUCAGAUAACAUGGCUCAACCUCACACCCCGUUUGAUCACCCGGAUCACGACUUGACUCAGGCUCCAUUCUUUAAUUGGGAGGAAUAUGCCGGAAGUAUGGGACAAAGCCUGGAGGAUUUGGGAUUCUUGACGAGGCUUGACUUCCCCGAUACUUUACCUUGACACUCAAGGGCUUGCGUUAGCUUCUGUUAAGUGAUUAUGUAUAGA